UUCGGGAACUUGCAAGGAAUCUGAUGCUUAUCUAAUUUUGGAGAAUCUCGGACUUGCUUCAAAUAAUGUGACUUUUGUUUGAGGGUUAUCUUUUUUACGUUCAGAACUUACAAUGAAAAUGCAUCCUAAAAGUAUUAAGGAAAAAACCAUUGGAGAAAUUAUUACCUUAUUAAAAGAAUUAAAUGAAUGGAAAUGCAUUAUUUAUUGUCUAACAGUAUGAAUAUGUGAUGAUGUUUAUAAGUAACUUCAGAAAAAAUUUGACUUUGGAUUACCAAUGGCUGUAUAUUAUAGUUCCUUGGACAGUGAAGAAAAAAAAAAAAUUGAAAUCAUGGAAAGAGAAUACAAUCCAACUUAUGAUUGCAACUAAUGCUUUUGAUAUGGGUCUUAAUGGUAAAAAAGUUCGUUUGGUAAUACAUUAUUCCAUACAUUAUUCCUUUCCAUUGAGUAUA